CCAGUACUCCAAGUGACUUCCAGCCAUGAAGACACUUGUCCUCCUUUCUGCCCUUGUCCUGCUGGCCCUACAGGUCCAAGCUGAACCUACCCCAAAAACAGAUGAAGGGACUAAAACUGAUGAGCAGCCAGGGAAAGAGGACCAGGUUGUUUCUGUCUCCAUUGAAGGCCAAGGAGACCCUGCUUUUCAAGAUGCAGUCUUAAGAGAUCUGAAAUGCUUCUGUCGAGCAAAAUCCUGCAAUUGGGGAGAAGGCAUUAUGGGGAUCUGCAACAAGAGAUACGGAAGCCUCAUACUCUGUUGCCGCUGAGCACAGAGAUCAGAGAGAGCAAAGCUACUAUGAGUUCUGAGGCCACCGAUGCUGAUGUUGAUGACUACUCUGCUUGAGCUUCUUUAUCUUCAAUAAAUCGCUUGCACUAAA